UGCGAUCUGUUCCUUUACAGAUCUGUGCAGCCUGUGGAGUGGAGCCUGGUGGUCCAUCCCCUUUAAGACCUUCCACACACGCCACCCCCUUUGCGCUCAACUUCGUGCUGCCGCAUCAGGAGCUGCAGCUGCUCACAUUUUCCGCAUCUGUUAUGGCCACCAAAAGUAAAAAGACGGUUUUUCUAUAGCCCAAAAGGAACCGCGACCACACAUUAUUCGCAGAAUCUUUUUUUUGGGAACGCACUUGGCUGUCGCGAUGCUGGCGUGCGCCGGCCUGCCCGCGGCUCUGCUCCUCUGGCUGCUGUCCUGCAGCUGUCCCGUUCGGGGAUAUUUCUCGGAGGAACGCUACAAUCCAGAGUCUCCGCUUCUCGCUCCUCGGGUGCUCCUCGCUCUCGUUUGCAGAAACUCCCAGCACUCUCUGCCAUAUUUCCUAGGUACCAUUGAUCGACUCAACUAUCCCAAGGACCGUAUGGCUCUGUGGGUAGCGACAGACCACAAUGAGGACAACACCACCGUCAUUCUGCGUGACUGGCUUGUUAAGGUGCAGAGCCUUUACCAUUAUGUGGAAUGGAGGCCAAAAGAGGAACCUAGACAAUAUGAGGACGAGGGCGGUCCAAAGGAGUGGACAGAUCUCCGUUACGAGCAUGUCAUGAAGCUUCGACAGGCAGCACUGGAGGCCGCUCGUGAAAUGUGGGCAGACUACUUCAUGCUGGUGGAUUGUGAUAACCUCCUCACCAAUGAAGAUGUUCUCUGGAAGCUCGUAAAAGAGAAUAAGACUAUUAUUGCUCCAAUGCUUCAAUCACGUGCCGCCUAUUCAAACUUCUGGUGUGGAAUGACCUCCCAGGGUUAUUAUAAGAGGACCCCUGCCUACAUACCCAUCAGGAAGCAGGUUCGUAAAGGCUGUUUUGCUGUUCCCAUGGUGCACUCCACACUCCUGAUAGAUCUAAGGAAAGAGGCAUCAAGGCAGCUUGCCUUUCAUCCACCACAUCCAGAAUACAGCUGGGCUUUUGAUGACAUCAUUGUUUUUGCUUUCUCUGCUCGGAUGGCAGAUGUUCAGAUGUUUGUAUGUAACAAGGAGACCUAUGGUUACUUUCCUGUACCACUACGCUCUCACAAUACUUUGGAGGAUGAGUCUGACAGCUUCUUGCACUCACUUUUGGACAUAAACGUGCGAAAUGCCCCAGUGAUGCCCUCCAAAUACGUACGUGUUCCUAGAAAGAAACCUGACAAAAUGGGCUUUGACGAGGUGUUCAUGAUAAACCUGCAACGGCGUACUGACCGCAGGGAGCGUAUGCUGAGGGCUCUUCAUGAACAAGAGAUUGCAUGUAAGGUUGUUGCGGCUGUAGAUGGAAAAGCGAUGAAUAUUAGUGAAAUUCAGGCUAUGGGCAUCCAUAUGCUGCCUGGGUAUAGUGAUCCUUACCACGGGCGGCCAUUGACAAAGGGAGAGUUGGGAUGCUUUCUUUCCCACUAUAACAUUUGGAAAGAGAUUGUAGAGCGGCAUCUUGAAACUUCUCUGGUGAUUGAAGACGACCUGCGCUUUGAGAUCUUCUUCAAGCGUCGCUUGAUGAACUUGAUGAGAGAGAUCGAGGAGGAAGGACUGGACUGGGAUCUCAUUUACAUUGGCCGAAAGAGGAUGCAAGUGGAUCACCCAGAGAAAGCGGUGCCAAACGUACACAACUUAGUGGAAGCUGACUAUUCGUACUGGACAUUAGGCUAUAUGAUAUCAUUACAAGGUGCUGAAAAGCUCUUGAAAGCAGAGCCACUGAAGAGGAUUUUGCCGGUGGAUGAGUUUCUUCCUAUCAUGUUCAAUAAACACCCAGUGUCUGAUUACAUGGAGAAGUUUGAAACAAGGGACCUGAAGGCGUUCUCAGCAGAGCCUCUGCUCGUGUACCCGACGCACUAUACGGGCGACCCCGGCUACAUCAGCGACACGGAGACUUCCACUGUGUGGGACAACGACAAACUGCGCACCGACUGGGACAGAGCGCGCUCAGGAAAGACCCGGGAGCAAGCUAAGAUCAGCAGCGAGGCCCAAAACUCAGACGUGCUCCAGUCUCCUUUGGACAGUACAGCGCGGGAUGAGUUAUGAGAGCAACUGAAGAUCCUGAAGUGUAAAUGCACACAGGACAUUCCAGCGUAGUUUUUAAUCACCUGUCUUCCUUGAUCAUUUUUGAUUGAGCAUCACGGCAACGGCACAAUAUCACAAUUUCAGGAAAAACUGAAAUAGUUAGCUGUGACAAGUUAAAAAGGGAUUGUGGGCAUCUAAAGUUGUAUGCUUAGAUUUUAUAUCAUCAAGGCACUAGACUUGUCAUAUCAAAUGGCAUUUGCAGUACCCGUUUUCUAUCUGUCAUACAGAAAUUAACAGAUGCAUGAACAAAGAAUGACAUUUGACUGACAUGUCUCAGUCGUUUUGAUUAAUUUGAUUUUACAUUAUACUGUGAAAAAAUUUUUGCAUGUUUUUCUUUAGUUUUGAAAUGUAUCUUUUUACGUCUACAAAUAGUUUAGACAACAAUCCCUUUAUUUCUAGAAAUCAAGACUUAAAGCUGGCAUUGAAGUCUUAAGUCUACUCUUUUACUUUUUGUUGACACUAAAGUGAAAGAUAUAGUUAACUUCUUUUAAUAUGAUUUUUUAUUCAAAGUUGCAUAUUGCCUCUUUUUUUAUUUGCCAACUCUGCAGUAGCGUGUAGACAAACUUUCAAAGGUACGAAAACACACAAAGCAACUCUCUGUUAACCCACAAUAACAAGUCUUUUUUUUACCUGCCCACAUUAAAAAGCAAAUCAACAUUGUUCUCAAAUCAGACUGAAUUUUUACGUUACAGAGGUACAUUAAAUAACGUGAAGUCUGAGUCAUGGUGUUUUCACUGUUUGCAGACGUUUCAUUUUUCCACCAGAUCAUCCAGACAGAUCUGAAAAAGGGGAUUUCCAACAGAGCUUUAAUGUCAUUCAUUAAUAUAUUCACAGUGCACAAAACUGUCGGUGGUGAACUGUGAAAAGAAAAAAUAAUGUUGGGAUAUAUGAUCAAUUUAUUUAUUGUCUGAUGUGGGACUGGGGGUAUUUCCUCUGUGUAUGCGUGGGUUUUCUAAGGGUCUGACUUACUCCCACCAUAAAAAAACAUGCUUUUUAAGUUAAUUGACUAUUCUAAAUUAUACAAUAAAGUGAAUAUGU